AUGUCUUCCAAGUCAAAGACAAACUCAGAGCCCGCAACCCCCGACUCCGCCAUCCCCUACAAGCCCUCCCUCCCCGAGCGCGGCCUCAUCACCAUCUUCAAAGGCAUCAACACAUUCAUCCCCUGGCACAAACUGCCCACUUACAUCGGCGCCUUCAAUCUCUCCGCCUACCGCUACGAACUGCGCGAACACAACCUGCACGAUGUAUACCCGUCGCCCUCCUACCAAGGCACGCCGGGCUGCCCGCACAUGGACGCCGAAUUCGCGCACACCCGAAAUUCCGACGGCCUAUUCAACGACCUAAGCCAGCCGAAAAUGGGGUGCAUAGGGAUGCGCUUCGGACGCAAUGUGCCACGGAGCUACACGAGCAAGCCGAGCACGGAGGAGAUGAUGAGCCCGAGUCCGAGACUGGUUAGUGAAGUGCUGCUGAAGAGGGAUACGUUUAAGCCGGCGACGAUAUUGAAUUUGCUGGCGGCGGCGUGGAUCCAGUUCCAGGUGCAUGAUUGGUUCAUGCAUAGUAACUCUGCGACGGAGAAGUAUGAGGUGCCGCUUCCAGAGGGCGACGGUUGGGAAACGGGAAAGAUGGAAGUCGAGGCUACGCAGGCUGAUGAGCCGCUCGAUGAGGUGGAUAGGAAGAGCCCCGGGUACAAGAACGAGAACACGCAUUGGUGGGACGGGAGCCAGAUUUACGGGAACUCGGAGGCGAGGACGAAAGAGUUAAGGGGCAAGGCGGAGAUGGGGAAGUUGGAGCUGGAUGAGGAGAAGUUCGUUACGUUCCUGCCGCGAGAUGAGAAUGGGAUUCCGAGGACGGGAUUCUACGCUAAUUGGUGGUUGGGGCUCGAGAUGCUGCACACGCUGUUCGUGCUGGAGCAUAAUGCUAUUUGCGAAGAGCUGGUGAAGAGCUAUCCAGACUGGAGCAGCGAGAAGGUCUUUGAUACGGCAAGGUUGGUCAAUUGUGCACUGAUGGCAAAAAUCCAUACAGUGGAAUGGACUCCUGCCAUAUUAGCACACCCGGCUCUCCAGGUCGGCAUGAGUGCCAACUGGUGGGGCAUCCUUGGAGAGAAGCUUUAUAAGUUGCUCGGUCGCGUUGCUCCAGGAGAGACCAUAUCCGGCAUCCCAGGAUCAGGCGCCGAACAGCACGGCGCUCCUUUCUCGCUCACGGAGGAGUUCGUCUCGGUGUACAGACUCCAUACGCUCAUCCCUGAUGAUAUUGCUUUCUUCGAGGCGAAGUCCGGCGAGCACAAGAAGACAUACCCGAUCAACCAGGUCGCUUUCGGAAACGCCAGGAACCCACUCCAGGAAGAAAAGCUAGGCUUCCAAGAUAUCUUCUACAGCUUCGGAAUUAAUUAUCCUGGCGCGGUGACGCUGAACAACACACCGGACUUCCUUCGGGAUUUGCGCACACCAGAAGGCCGACACGUUGACAUGGGAACGAUUGAUAUCCUUCGGGAUCGCGAGCGCGGAGUGCCACGGUACAACCAGUUCCGGAAGCUAUUCCACAUGGCUCCAGCGACGUCAUUCCUCAACUUGACUGGCGGAAAUAAAGAGGUCGCCGACAAGCUGGAGAAGGUGUAUGAGGAGGAUAUCGAGAAGGUGGAUUUGCUGGUCGGUUGUCUGUGCGAACCUCUACCAAAGGGCUUUGGCUUCAGCGAUACCGCAUUCCGCGUGUUCAUUCUGAUGGCGAGUCGGAGGCUGAAGAGCGAUCGCUUCAUUGCGACGGAUUGGAAUGAAGCGACGUAUAGCAAAGUCGGGAUGAGCUGGGUACAGAACAACGGUAUGAAGGACGUGCUGACGAGGCACUUCCCCGUUCUUGGUGAGAGCUUGAAAGCGAGCAAAAACCGUGAGUCCGUCGAAACCUGA